ACGAGCUGGCGGGGGCGAAAGAUGGCGACGCCCCUCGGGUGGUCGCAGGGGGGGUCAGGAUCAGUGUGUCUCGCCUUCGAUCAACUGCGGGACGUGAUCGAAUCUCAGGAGGAACUGAUCCAUCAGCUGAGGAACGUGAUGGUCCUCCAGGAUGAAAAUUUUGUCAGUAAGGAAGAGUUCCAGGCAGUGGAGAAGAAGCUGGUGGAAGAGAAAGCUGCCCACGCCAAGACCAAGGUCCUCCUGGCCAAAGAAGAGGAGAAGUUGCAGUUUGCCCUCGGAGAGGUAGAGGUGCUAUCUAAACAGCUGGAGCAAGAGAAGCUGGCUUUUGAGAAGGCGCUCUCCAGUGUCAAGAGCAGAGCCCUGCAGGAAUCCAGCAAGAAGGACCAGCUCAUCACCAAGUGUAAUGAAAUUGAGUCUCACAUUAUAAAGCAAGAAGAUAUACUUAAUGGCAAAGAGAAUGAGAUUAAGGAGUUGCAGCAAGUUAUCAGCCAGCAGAAACAGAUCUUCAGGAAUCACAUGUCUGACUACCGGAUCCAGAAGCAGCAGGAGAACUACAUGGCCCAAGUGCUGGACCAGAAGCAUAAGAAAGCCUCAGGGACGCGUCAGGCCCGGAGCCACCAGCGUCCCAGGGAAAAAUAAAAUGGUCCUCACCUUCCGUUCACUGGCUGU